CUUUAACAGCUUUCAUCCUAGAGUGCACUUUAAACGAUUACUUUUCCACAAUGGCAAAACACAACAUCAGCCUUUUGAUCGCCAUAGUGCUGGCAUUGCUCUUCUUCAUCAUCACUAUGGUGUUCACUGCUCUGGCAGCGUCGGGAAUACAUCCAUUUUUGGAGUCCACCGGUAACAUCUCAGAUGAGUUUACAACCGAGAUCACACCAGCAGGAUGGACCUUUACUAUCUGGUCGAUCAUUUACAUCUUUCUGGCUCUAGUGUUGGUCUACGUCCUCUCCGGCAUCUUUAGGAAGAACGCAUAUGGUUACGUCUACUGCAGCCCACCUAUUUUGCCACAUGGAUUUUUUGCAGCUUGGUGCUUGAAUCUGGCCUCAAAUACUGCAUGGUUGUUCCUGUGGGACAGAAAGUUGAUGCUUAUUGCACUGGUUUUCCUCAUCCUGAUCGCCUUGACCAACUACGCGAUGAUAAUCUUCUCCUGCCACGGUCUGCACAGCUAUGGCGCCUGGCUCAACAAGUACCACAAAGUAGACCUGUGGCUUCACCGUGUGUUGGUUCAGAAUGGUGUCGCCAUAUAUGCAACAUGGACAACCAUUGCAUCCAUCAUUAACCUGGCCAUCGUGCUGACUAAUGAUGCAAACAUGUACCCAACAGACGCUGCCACCGCCGCGCUGGCUGUUUUGGCUGCAGUGUUGUUUGUGUGGUUCAUGCUGGAAAACUUUGUCCUUGACAAACACGUGAGGUACAUUAUCACCACUUACCUCGUUGUGAUCUGGGCGCUGACGGGGGUGUUCAUGAAGAAACAGGAUGCUGUAAUUUCUAUUGUCAAUAGCAACUUCAUUGAUGGACUGUUGGGUGUAGCCUGUACCUUGUUUGGUGGACGCAUGUUUUUGGUCAUCUGGAGGCACAUUAAAUUUCCAUUUUACGAAGACAUCAACGUAGACAACAUGUCUCCGAUGGAGGUCGCUGAGAAGCAGAAGAAGAUAUUUAUGUAAGACUGUUGAAGGAAUAUUUUAAUGAAAAACCUUUCUGUAUCAUGCAUUAUUGUUUCUGUAACGUAUGAGAUGAAUUUCUAAAUGCUUUGUAUAUAUUGCAAUGUAGAGUUUUUGAUUAAGUUGUCUCACUUAAUUGUCAGUACAUUGUGUACUCAAACUGCACUGAGUCGUAAUAAUGUGCUAAAAUUUUUCAAUUUACCUGCUUUUUCACAUAAAUAUGAAAAUAGAUGGUUAAUAUUUGUUUUUAUUCA